CGUGCUAGUAGCAGUCACCAUCGGUUAGCGGAAUAGUUAAUUGAGCUAGUCGAGAUUUGCUAUGGAUACAUUUGUUUUAGGAACGUCUAACAGUCACUUGGCCAUGUCGUCCUUCAACAAACAAAGACCAAAGGCUUUGGGUGUCCAGCGCAUCAUUGACAUGUUUGGCUCCAGUCACAAAAACAGAUGGAUUAUAACCUAAAUGAUGAUGUUCUUGAAGAUGUUUCGACCAACUUGGGAGGCAGCAGACAGAAGUGCAGAAUCAAUCGAUGACAUGACCGAUGCAGCGAGUGCUCCCACACCAAUCACGGAGAUGUAGCUGGGACAGAGAUAAUGAAGGGCAAUUGGCAAGCUCAUACCAGCUUUCCCUUCUUCAUAUGGGCUGGGAGUACCAUACGUGGUCUGGUUCCAGUCUGAGAAGCAUUAGGCAGAUGUUAUUACAAACAAACCCAUGAACAAAAUACCAGGGCCCCAGAGACUAUGUGAUUAGUAGUAGAAGUAGUAGUAGUAGUAGUAUCCUGUCCAGGAUGCGUCUGCUGAACAUACGGCCCCGACUGGCCCGGAACUGCCGUUAACUGGAGGAGCGGCAUUUCCAGUCAGCCGAGAGCGUGUGUCUUGAGUGAGUGUUUUGCCAAUGUGCGUAUCAGGUAUCCUGGCAACCACCUCUGACUUGUAACUGGACCUUCCGUGAAGCCGAGCUCUGUGAAUGACCGCUCUGAGGAUCAGGUUCUGCCCGUGUUUGACUGGACAACAGAAUGGGACAACUGGGUAUAUUCCUCACCGAAAAGAGACACUUUAGCCAUUACUGGUAAAGACAGGCGUACUCAGCAUUUGAAGGGGCGAUGGGUUACCUCCCUGUCAAGCAGACCAGUAUAUUUAAACAAAAACCCCUGGACGUCUACCUCGGACUGCUGCUGCUGCUGCUGCUGAAGAAUGUGAUGCACAACCAAAGUUUAAUGCCACAUUGUCAUGCGAGGACAGACGAUAGCAGUUUUCCCAACUUCACAUCUGACCCAGGAUCUCCUUUCUUUUUCAAGGUCCCUUCUCCUGAAACACUGGGACUCAAACAGCACUAUCAGCUUACACUGGCGGAUGGUGGCAGCACUUUGCCACACUGGAUGGUUUUUAAGCAACAGAGUCACACUCUAGCUGGCUUAGCUCUGCUCGAGGACUGCGGGAUGUACCACUUAAAAGUGUCUGUGACUGUUGAGCAGUGCGUUGGACACUUCUACCUGCACAUCCUUAACAAAACUGGGAGUGGGGAGAGCCAAGCCAGAAAUACUCUGUCCUGUCCUGAGGGGGAAAUUACUACAUGGGCUAACCUUCUCCUUCUGCUGAAUCCCGUCACUCUUGACGCCAGCCAGCGUCUUCGUUUGGUCAGCACCUUGGCCGGACACCUCCACCUUCCAGUGGGCUCGGUUUUCCUGUUUUCAAGAAGAAGUUCCCUCAAACAACAACAACAACAAAACAAGCUUGGGGUUUGGGGACAAAGUGGGCUUGCUGAGAUGUCUCCAGAUGUCUCAGGAGAUGUUGCUGAACUCCUGUGGCCUGUCUGCUGUCCAGGAGAGAGAAGACCUGAUUUUACCCAAACGCUGGAACACGGCGUGAAGAUGGAGGAGUUGGCAAGACUGCUGGAAGCUACCAUUUUGGAAUGGAAGGGGGUUUGUGAAGUGAUCUUUCCAUGUACAACUCAUCUCCAUUCAUUGACAUAUUCUCUUCCUUUAAAACUGGAACAAAUGCACACGGAGGGUUCAACAGGAAGUGCUGUAAACUAUCAAAACAGGCAGCCUUUCCUGCAGCCCUCAAACACACUGGCUGCUAGUUUCCCACUUGUAUUGGAGAAGAUUCUGGCGUGGCAUGCUUUUCAGACGCCGAUCUACCACUCGGACGUAAACCCAGAGGCACCGGGAGUUACGGAAACAGAUUAUAUGCAGGAAAUACAAGGAUCUUCAAUCUGUGGUCAUCCAAACUGGUUUCCACUUCACCGUUCAGAGCCAACUGUGUUUUCUGCCUCCAAAGCAGAAACUAGCUGUUGCGAGCAAGUAACGGCUCUUAUUUCCGAGUAUUUCUGGACCGCAGACUUUUCGUCACCACCAUCUGUGGUCUUAACAUCGUCCACACUGCACACUACUAUUUACUCCUCACUGCCAAUGACCCCGGCCAUUUACAGUGACACUUCCACUCUGACACAUGAGGCCGUCGAUGGGCCAUCGCAGGCCACUCGUCUGACCUUUGGACCUCAUCUGAAGGAAACCGCCCGGUGGACUGAAUACUACAGAGCCAGCCACACUGACUCAGAAAGACGGCCCACUGUGAGCUCACUGGGUCACGUCAUCUUUAGCCAAGAACCUACAAAAGACCUCGACUCAGCGCUCCACAAAAUCCCGUCUGUUUCUCAUCGCUCACCUCUGACAGAGAAACAUAAUGAUGUCCUGCUGCUCGGCUCCAGAUUAAAGCCAACUCAGACGCCACCGACAAACCGAAUACAGAGGACUCGGCUGUUUCCGAAUGAGCAAUUGUCGAUACAUCAGUGUACGGAGACGAUUGAACAUCUGCUGGCAGCUUCACCCGGGAUGAGUCAGGACGCGAUGUCAGCAACCACAUUAGCGCGUCACCUGACACUGUCUGGACAAAUUGAACUGGAGUUUACACCAGCGGUACCUUCUGAACCUUUGAGUGGACGACUUGAGACGUCAUUUACUACAAACCCCCUAUUUAGUGUAGAGUUUCUGAACUCAUCACCAUCUUUUGGCUCAGUGUUGCAGACCUCCAAACGUUGUCACGACGCUUCUUCGAGUCUUCAAAGCAGAGUUGUGAUGGACUUACAGUCAAACUCUGUCACAGACAUUAAUUGUGAAACACAGACAGUCAUUUCAGGCAUUUCACCGACACCAGUAACACCAGCGCAAAUGAGCUUCUCUUUUACCCCCCAAAUAACUUCAAUCCCAUUGAGCACAUUAAAGGGCCAGUCCUUUGAAGACCAAACAUCUGUCAGAUCCAGUCAUGAAAGUAUGCCAUUCAUGCUGUCAUUGAAACAGACUACUGUGCCAACACUGCAGCUUGAGCAGACCCAGCUCAUUCAUAACUCCUCCAACAUAUUCUUUACCCACGCAAUAACAAGCAGCGUGUAUUUAAAUGCAACAACUACUAAAAUAGACCCAAGCUGGAUAUUGCAGGAUGAUCCAACUCAUCCUGCAAUAUCCAAGAGCAUUGGAUCAGUGUCUGGGGUAAAUUCUGGUCCAACUGCUCCCUCUACUGCUCAAGAGCCGUACCCUGCGUCUUCCAUUCAUUCAAUACAGAGUCUGGAGCCUUCAUUCCCAUCGUGUGGCCAGGAUCAUGUGUAUGUUAGUGAUUGCACCCCACCUAUUCCCAGCACCUACCUCGAGAGCUCAUCGGAUCAUGUUCUUACCUUUACAGCAAGUUUCCCUCCAACUGAGAUCUACUGGACUGCUUCUCCAUCACAGAUUUUAUCAUUUGAUUCAAGUGGAAAAGUCUUUUCUACAAUUCCAUUGCCCACCACCAACCUCUUCUCAGAUAGUAGCAUCUCCACGAUAACGUACACACCGUUAAUUGGCGUUGGCCUUUCCUCAGCUACAAGACAAAGCUCAGUCGGGCCACCACAGUCUUCAUCUUUUAUGUCAGAUUCCUUGAAUCUUCCACCCAAAGUGCUGCAGUCCAUUCCAGUGCUCAUGGCCACUGUUGGCUUCCCCUUUCUCUACUCGAUCCCUUCUAAAACCUUUCUGGAUCCAGAAGAUGGUGAAGCAGAUUCACUCUCCCUGGAGAUCAGACUGACUGACGGGCCUCCCCUCAGUGUUGGGACGUGGUUGGCUCUGGAUGGUCUGGAUCUUCACGGGGUUCCUCUGGAGGUGGACAUGAAGUUUGCUCCACAGCACCUCCUCCUGGUCGCCCGGGACAGACAGGGUCUGAGCACCACGCUGCCAAUGACUCUGGAUCUGCAGCACAGGCCAGUUGAACCGUGUCACUUUUUCACCAUGACGGCAAAACGCAGCCUCCACUCCAUCCUCCGUCAUCGCCACCUUGUGGACGACCUGCUGUGGAAACUGUCUGGCUAUUUUAACAGCUCCCACAGCCACCACCUUUCUGUUGUUUCCAUGACUCCUGGGUCCACAGUGAUUUCAUGGUACAACCACACCUUUUGUGAAAUGGGGCAAAUCAAGAGAACACAUUGCAAUGUUGAUCAAAUACACAGCAUGUGGUUGGCAAUGGUGUCUACAGGUGGAUCCGUCAACCUUAAAUUCAGAGAAGCAAUGCUUCCAGAGUUUCCCAUCACUAAAGUUGGACCUGUGAGCUACAGACAGGACUGUUUUACUGCAUCUCCCCCUCCCACAUUUGGCAGUUAUACCACUGCUGACUACACCACUAUGAAUCCAGGUUCAGGCACCAAUACUUCCCUCUGUCCCACCUCUAACUCAUCUGCAUCUACGUCCAUCACCCCCAACUCUUAUCAGUGGAUGGCUGCUAUGUUUACAGCUCUCCUCAUCGUCUGCCUACUCAUCCUAAUCAUCCUCCUCGUUGCCGUAGCUCUUUACUUCUGCAAAGGUUCUGGAACGUCAAGAACAGUCACCACUUGGCCUUCAAACCGCCAGCUGUCGGUUCACAGCAGAGAUCUAUGGGCCAUUGGUCCAAGGCGUCCUCCGUUGCUUCAGUCUGAGCGGCCUCCUCCACUGAGACUCUGGAUCAAUCUCACACAAGAUGAGAGGCCACUUUCAGUUGAGAAAGGACCAAACAUGCGCGACAAGGCCCUGCGGCCUCGUCCUCCAUAUUAUGAUUUUUCAGAUAUAUAGUCAAAACAAACAAAACAGAAAAAUCCUCAUGUUUGUACCAACAUAAUCUCAAUGUUCCAGUCCCGCAAGUGCAAAUGGUUGAUAUAGAAUUAUGCACUCACGUGAUCCAAAAAUAUCUUUCAACAUAA